AUGAUUAUCUCGCCUGUGUCUAGUGGAUUGUCAUCAGAUCAUCGAGCCGAAGGCACAGAAAGUAGUGCUUAUAAUUACACGUAUAAUAAAAUAAUUGAUUAUACGUUGAAAAAAACUGUUAAUGGCCAGCCAGACGAAAAAGAAUUACAAGAUCAGAUAAUCGAUAUUCAUGCGAAAUCAGUGAUUAUCAUUCCUCGUUUAUGCGUCUUAUUCCAAAUAUUCAAUUAUGCCAUGGAUGUAUUGAACGAAUGUGAGAAUGACGUUGUAUUUGAUGAUGGUUAUUUAGCAUCAAGAGAAAUUAGUGAGUCAGUGAUUCGAAAAGCAACGAAGAUAGUGAAUAAAAUAUUAGCUUCUGUACCUAAAAGUCCGUAUUAUCCCAGAAUGCCAAUGUUAUUCGUUGAAAAACCGGCUUGUAUUGCAGCCUGUAACUAUUAUGAUCAUCUAAAUAAUACGGCUGUUAUACUGUUCACAUUACCAGAACCUCUGAAAGAUCAGUAUACGUCAAAAAAAUCGUUAUCCAGGUCUAGAUUGAUAGCACCGAUAUUAUCAUCAAGUGUACCAUCGACACCAGAAGGAACAAUUUGUUUAUUUCCGUUUAAUUUUUUUAUGUCUGGCGCUCUAACAUCAACAAUGCCGGAACCAUUGCAAAUAAAAAAUUCACCGUUUCACAAUUGCAGUCAUUUAGUUGAGCCCGCUUUAAUAAAUUUAACCAAUGAUGGAAUUUUGAUUACCAGUGAUUUGCUAGUUGAUUCUAAAAACCGUCAUCAUAAAAGCAUAAUGAAAGUUCCCAUACCACAUGACCAACAAAAACGUGAUAGUUUCGAAGCUAAAUUGAAAAAAUAUAAUGUUAAGUUAAGUGAUUACGAAAGUGCGUACAAAACAUCUGGAAAACCAACAAAAUGGAGAUUAUCGCGUGAAGCUGUUUAUUUUUAUUCUCAAGUUGCUGACUUCGUACCUGAAUAUUCAAAAUAUAAAACAGAUAUGACAGAAACAAUUGAACAAUUAGUGAAAGAUGGUCAUAUUAUAGAAACAAUUGUGGAUAAUGAUAUUCAAUACGCCGUUUCACCAACAUCGACACAUUUUCGUUCUCUUCCAAUAGAUACAGCAACGUAUGAACAACUGAAAACCGAAUUGCCUCCCCUACUGAAACAAAAAAACCCAGUAAAGUCUUUUAAAUCGCAAUCAGACGCUCCGAAGAGUGCAUUGACACAAUCGCCAACACCAGCCACGCCUUCACAACCAAUGCCAAUAAUUGGAACAGCACUAACAUCUUCAAAUUCAAUGCUACAACAACCAUCUAUAACUGACUUACAACUGUUUCACCAACUUUCUUCAAGUUUAUCCAAGAAUCAUAUCGAAAGAUUAUUUGAAAUUUUUACCCAAACAAAUCUAAAUCAAUUUGCGACGUAUUUGAAUUCAUUUACCUUUCAAAAUCCAAAAAGUCGGACAUCAGCUGCCGCUCCAUUAAAUAAUCAAUCGUCACGUUAUCGACGAAAUGAAUCAUCAGCACAACCAGCAUUUUCACGACAAUCAUCUAUUAAUACAUUUCAACCGUCAGAACCUCCAGCAAAAAAGCCAAAAAGACGUGCUCAACUUUCAAGACGAUCACCAUUUCCAACUACAACUACAUGUCCAAUAUCAAUAGAAAAUGCACAAAAUCAGCAAGAUAUGGAAAUAGAUGCUGUUUGUAAACGUCCGUUACAUCAAAAUUAUAAAAAGCAUAAGAAGUAA